CUCAGGUAUGAUGGGAGUACUUCACAUGGUGCAUAACUGCAAAUCCCAAAAUCCGCGCUCCAUUUCCACAGAUAUUUUAUUACUGUAAUAAGUAAACUGUAAAGCGCGUUAAGCCGUUGGUCCCGGCUGUAUCUGCAGUCGUUAGCACCCAUCAUUCCGCACUGGGCCUGCGUGGUGGGUCAUAGCUCAAUCACCCUAUUCCAUCCAUAGGGAAGGCCUGUUCCCCAGCAGUGGGGACAUUAAUAGGGUGAUGAUGAUAAUGAUGAAGUAAACAUUUCAGCAGAUAUGUCAACUAAACAGUUAAAUAUUAUUUGCAGCUUCUUAUCACAUCUACGUAAGUCCAACUAAUGUUAUAUUCAACAAAAAGACUAGCUAUGCAAUUGAGUGGUUAUUUUAAGAAGUGCGGUUGUGGAUUUAAAUGGCCAUUCAAUUGUACUGCUAGUAAAACAUCGCAGGGCCUUUAUUGCGAAGUACUAAGAGCGUAAUUCGUACAGUAUGUGUGUUUGUCGACUGUAGGUAUGGAGUUUUUUCUAUACCGCAUAUCAUAUCAUACGGCAGCCAAAUCAUGACGCUUUAUAAAAGUGAUGUAAUGACAGCAGCUCGGUAUUCCUUCGUCAACGAUCCAUGCGCGCACAAUGGCCAAAAAACUCCAAUACUUUAACGUAAAUGGCCGCGGGGAGGCAAUAAGGUACAUGCUACAUUAUGGUGGCCAUAAGUUUGAGGACAUCCGAUACGAAGUAAAGGACUGGCCAAUACAAAGUGUGAAAGACUCUCUACCUUAUGGUCAGUUUCCUCUAUAUGAAGAGGACGGGAAGACUCUUAACCAGUCUUUGGCCAUUGCACGCUACGUCGCCAGCCAGUCGCAACUACUGCCUUCUGACCUUUGGCAGCAGGCAGUUUUAGAUGCGGUGGUCCACAACAUUUAUGACUUCUGGAAUAAGAACAAAUUAGCGGAAUAUAUGAGAGGGGACGCUGAAACGAGAGCUGCUCUUAAAAAGCAGACUUUUGAGGAGCACAUUCCCUUCUACUUACCCAGAUUUGAAAAGGAACUCAAGGCAAAUAACGGGCAUUUUGCUGGAAAGCUCUACCUUAUGGUCAGUUGCCUCUAUAUGAAGAAGGGGGGAAGACUCUUAACCAGUCUUUGGCCAUUGCACGCUACGUCGCCAGCCAGUCGCAACUGCUGCCUUCUGACCUUUGGCAGCAGGCAGUUUUGGAUGCGGUGGUCCACAACAUUUAUGACUUCUGGAAUAAGAACAAAUUAGCGGAAUAUAUGAGAGGGGACGCUGAAACGAGGGCUGCUCUCAAAAAGCAGACUUUUGAGGAGCACAUUCCCUUCUACUUCCCCAGAUUUGAAAAGGAACUCAAGGCAAAUAACGGACAUUUUGCUGGAAAGUUGACGUGGGCUGACUUCAUUCUAGUGGGCAUGAUUGAAACUGUCAACCUUUUUUACGGCGAAAACAUCGAAACUAACUACCCUACAAUCGUUGCUCUCGUCAAGACAAUCCAAAAUCUACCCAAGGUCAAAGAAUAUAUAGCGACAAGGAAUCCUUACACUUUUAAAUAAACAAAUUAUUCAGCUUUACAGUGUGAUUUAUUUAUUUGAGUAUUUUAAUAAAGUAUAUAAAAACAAUGUAGUAGUUAUCUACUAGUUGUUAUGACGGUUGGUAUACGGUUGGUAACCGGCCUCGCUUGGAUAGUAA